AUGGAGUGCAACAAAGAUGAAGCGAUCAGAUCAAAGGAGAUGGCUGAAAGGAAGUACAAGGUGAACGAUUUUGCGGGCGCAAGGAAGUUUGCCUUGAAAGCAAAGGGUCUUUUCGAUCUUGAGGGCAUCGAUCAGAUGAUUGUAGCCUUGGAUGUCCACCUAAGGUCACUGAAAAAGUUUGAAGGGGAGAAUGACUGGUAUGGCAUCCUAGAAGUAUCAACCUGGGCUGAUGAGGAGACUAUCAGGAAGCAGUACAAGAAGCUGGCCUUACAAACUCAUCCAGACAAGAACAGUUUCGUUGGUGCUGAUAGUGCUUUCAAUCUCAUCUCAGAUGCUUGGAAUGUAUUGUCUGACAAAAACAAGAGAAUACUUCAUGAUCAGAGGAGGCAUAUGAGCUCUUUACGAGUCCUUCAGAAUAACUCCCAAGUAAGUGUUGAUAACACUUCCAGUUCAUCCAUGCCAAGUAUGAAUGGCUUCUGCAGGCAAAAUACUGGUCCAGCCUCACCUCCCAGUGUGCCUACUCCAAAUAUCCCAAAGCUAAGCACAUUUUGGACAGUCUGCAUUUCUUGUCGCAUGAACUUUGAGUACCCAAGGCAAUACGUGAACCAAUAUAUGAUAUGCCCAGAGUGCCAUAAACCUUUUAAGGCUGAAGAAGUUCCUCCUCCGCCUACUUCAAGUCACACCUACCAACCAAAGUCAAUGGAUACUAAUAGUAGUAGGGGUCGCACAGCAUGUCCUGGUGAGGGAAUGGCAGGAACAGGAGUGGCUAGUGGUAGCCGGAAUCAUCAUAAUCCUAUGCAGCAGCGGUGCUCUUUUCAGGGAUCUGCAGGUGGUGCACACACUUUUUCACAUUCAGUGCAACAGACACAUGGUACUGUUUCAGGCUCUUCCGGAUCAUCAAUCCCUAGAAAAGCUGCAGCAAGGAAGGAAAAGGAAGCCGCAAAGAAGCGAUACAAGAAAGUGGCACCGCAGUCAACAAGCUCUGGCCUUGAUGGCGACUCAAGUUCACAGAACAAAGCCAAAAGGAAGGCUCGCUCCACUGACCGGGCAUCGGGAGCGAAGAGGCGCAAGGAAACAUCUAAUUGUCCUGUAUCUGCAGGGAGCAGCUUCAUCAAGGAGAUGGAGAAGUUGGAUAUGCGAAGCUUACUAAUUAACAAGAUGAAACUCCAACUUCGGGACAAAUUAGAGGAGUUCAACAGGAAGAAGGCUGAUAUGGAGAAUGGACGAAAGAUGCAGACUAGUCAGAGAACAAACAAAGCGGCCACAUGCAGCACAUCAGUUGAUGCCAAGAAAAUGAAGAGGACACAACGAAGUAGUUCUGUUCAUCCAGAAGAAGAUAAUGGGAAGAAACUGAACAGUGAAAGAAAGAGGGCAGAGAAGAGGAAGCAUGCCGGUUCAGAAGAAAUGGGGUCAUGGGAGUGGAAGAAACCUGAAAUACGGAUUUUUUACACCAGGAGAAGCCGUAGGGAACAAGAGCCAUCUCCCGAUGAAAUGCUUGUCCCUGAUGCAGAUUUCUAUGCCUUUGGUGAUCAUUCUGGGAACUCUUUCCAGAAGGAUCAAGUGUGGGCCACAUAUGAUGAAGAAGAUGGCAUGCCUCGCUACUAUGCUUUGAUCCAGACAGUGCACUCCAGACGCCCUUUUAAGGUUACAUUUGCAUUCCUCAAGGCGGAUAAUCCGGACGAGUUUGGGGCUUCAAACUGGCUCUCAUGUGGAUUCUCCAAGACCUGUGGCGAUUUCAAGCCUGGUGCAUCCGAAGAUGCUGACGAGCUGAAUAAAUUCUCUCAUCUUGUCGCAUGUCAGAAAGGUCCAGGUAGAAGAAUCAUCAGAAUUCUUCCACGGAAAGGUGAUAUCUGGGCCCUGUACCAGAACUGGUCUGCCGACUGGGAUGAACUUGUACCUGAUGAGACAAUGUACAAGUAUGACUUGGUGCAGGUUCUUGACAGCUACAGCCCAAGUGAAGGCCUUUCUGUCAUGCCCAUUGAGAAAGUGCCUGGCUUUGUGUCUGUGUUCAAGCCACUUUCUGACCCAGCAAAGAGCAGGAGGAUUCCAGAGGAGGAAAUGACGCGGUUUUCGCACCAGGUGCCGUUUCAUAUCCUUACUGGUGAAGAAGCUCACAAUUCCCCCAAGGGAUGCUAUGAAUUGGAUCCAGGCUCAACUCCAAAGGAACUUCUUCAAGAGAGGGCGUACAUGAUGCUGCGGAUGAACGGAGGCGGCGAGAGCAGCAAUUAUGGGAGCUCAGAGGCCGGGAGCUACGAGCACGAGCACGAGGAGCUGGAGCACCACCACCGCGUCCACCACCAGGAGCACCCGGGUGGCGUCCAUGGUGAUAGGGACGAUGAUCUCAAGGCUGAGGGUGAGGGCUACCUGGAAGAAUGA